CUGAACUCCAUCGAAGAGCUUCCAGGUGGAUCUUUUUCGCGCAUUUUUUGUCGCGCGAUCUUUGAUUGCGGCCAUGGCGACAACGGAUGUUAGAGUCGCCACAGUCAGUGCACUACCGUAGUACAUGUAGCUUCCGCAACAUCACCAGCAUACUAUACGAAUAGAAGAAGUAGCAAUCAAGCCACCAUGUCUGCCGCAGCCGCUCGUCGCCGCAAGCAAUUGGCCAAGAAGAAGGAAGCUGCCGCAAAUUCCCAAGAGGCAGAUGCCGUGGCCCGUCAACUCCAAGAGUUGCUCAACAGCGACGACAAAUCCGAGGAGAUUGCCUAUGAAGCCUUGCAAUUGGCCCAAUCCCUUGUUCGCAAAAAAGCGGGUGCCAAGGACGCUGCCGGUGCCACGGAAUUGGCCUAUUCGAGUGCCUUGACUCUGUUGGAAAAGAAAAAUCGCGUCUCGGUGGCCUCGCAGCUGCUCAUGGUGCUAUUGGAUGUUUUUACCGAGUUGCACGUGGAAGAGACAGACGAUUGGUUGACGAAAUUGGAAGUCCUUCAUGUAGCCCAUCAGGCAGCAUUGGAAGCGACGAAAGAUGGCAUGAGUCCAGUGGAAGUGAUUCGUCUGCAGCGUCUUCAACGCGAUUGGUUGCGCCGAGUGGUCCAUUGGAGCAGUGAAUACGGAACCAUCCGAUUGGGACACUUCAAGGUCCAGGAGUUGCUCGGAAAUCAAUCCUGGGCUUUGGCCACCUUGUUGCAGUCUCACGACGACUCUGCUGCGGCCGCUGUCGACGAUGAAGACGAAGACGACAUUAUGGAUGCUCGCUGUGAUGCUGUGGCUCACAUGGCUUUGGCCGAACAGCCAGAAGCCAUUGCCAAAUGGUUGGCCACGCUCCCAGCUCCCACUGCUGAAGAAACCAAAUCGGGUCACACGUGUCCUCCUGGAGUGCGAGAUGCCCUCUUCACCCGGGCUAUUUUGUGUAUGGCGGCCAUGGAAAAUUUGCGUGACGCCACUACGUUGGCGCAAAAGUACAUUCCGUUGGAAUCACGUGACUUGAAGACAAAUUUGAUCAAGUCCUAUGUCAGUAAGGAAGAUGGUGUAGCACCAUCCCAUUUGGUAUUUGCCACAUCCUUGUUGCGGGUCUGUGAAAAGGAUGCUCGGACGGGGCCGCUCUUUUCCUGGUUGUUGCGGUCCUUCAAAAAGGAGCUCGACAAAUUGCACAAGCCCCAAAUUGUACAUUCCUAUACUACCAAAAUUGGAAAGAUCUAUUUCAAUAUUCAGCCACCUCCGUCCAUGAUGAAUAUGAUGGAAAACAUGAUGAACAUGAUGGGAGGCGGCGGCGGUGGCGGUGGUGGUAUGCCAGGGGGAAUUAACCCUGCCAUGAUGCAAGCUGCCAUGGCACAGAUGCAGCAAGGAGGAAUGAUGUAAGGUAUUUUAGUCGGCGAAGCGAAGCAGGCAGUUAGUUCGAUGUGAAGAUCAAAGCAUGCAACAAACAGCAAGGUUGAGCCGAGGAUUGACGACAGCAAGAUCGAGCUUUGUUGUGGAUUAGAUAGUAGCAACAACUUAUUCUCACGCGUACCGGUAGGCGCCGUCUUGUGUACCGUACGGUACCUUUCAUUUUUUGGAAUGUUCAUCUAAGUUCCCUUUCCCAAAGCGUCACCGCUCAUGUCGUAUCGUGCCGGUACUAGUAACCUAGGGUUCAUGGAGAUUCGAAAAUCACUCAAAGCUAGUAAGGGCCGACCGGUUUGGAAUAGAUGAAAGCUCGGGGAUCCCGAUGCAGUGGUGGCCUGCAUAUUCGUGAUCGACUGAUAUUCGGUGUCGUUUGGCAGCUACAAUAUACCGGUACGAAGCCACUAAGAACGCAUGGCAAAUGCCGGGCACCUGUUAGUUCACUAUAUACUAGCUACGAGUUGUUAGUACAAAGAAAAACACUAGAUACGUUGUCAGUUCGUUCGAGCAGAGCAGGACAAGCGACCAAUGUUUCCGUGAAAAAUCCGACACAUUGCUCCGUGGGACACGCAAGGACGGAAUCACCUUUUCAGGUGCCUGUUCCUUCAAACCUACUGGUGAGUUGAGUCGUCGACGACGAGAACGGGAUAUGUCCACCUAUUUCUUCGCGAAGUGAUUCAAAAUGGAAGGCGCCGUUUUCUUCUUCUUUCGGUUGUUGUUGGUGGUGCUCGCCUUGGUCUGGGCCCCCUUUCCUUCAGGCUUUGGAAUCGCAUUAGGCGCUUCAUUUUGGGAGCCAUCAGCCGUUUUUGGUUUGAAGAAUGAUUCAAUUGAGGGCCUCUUUUGUGGAAGCUUUGGUUUGAAGGAGGACUUGCUAGCCGUGGACUUGUUUGAGAGCUUGUUGUUGCCUGUGCCAGCCUGGCUGCCAAAGAAGGAAGCAAUUGAUUUUUGGACUUUGUGUGGCUGUGCUUUCUUUGUUACCGCAUCAGUCUCUUGCAGGACCAAGUUGCCCCAAUCUUUGCAUCUCCAGUGGCCUCCUGGAUCGCCAUCACUCUUCCCUGAGCCAUCAUCCAGUAAGAGAGAUACCGCCACAUGGUCUGAGAAGGAGGGCGGAGUGUACACUAUUCCUGUGUGACGUGGGCCGAACUGUGUAUCCAGAGCCCGCUGAGUUGCUUCCGCAAUUCCACCUCCUUCAAAGGCAGCCAUCUGGAAUUGACCUCUAGCAUUGGCUGCUGCCAAGGCUGCUUC